GAAAUGUUCAUCUAUUGUCGAAAAUAAAGCCGCGCUCCCUUUAGUUUAGAUGUGUUCAUCUGAGGGUUUGCGAUCUUACUAUGUUAGCUAACAAAAGGUGAUUAUGGAUGAAGAUUCGACUUUCAUUCGUAUGUUGGCUAUUGUACCAGCUCAUAGAUCGCCCCAGGAGAAUGCCUUCAUAUUUGGUUAUCUUCGUACAAUUGAAGGGUUGAAUCUUUCUGGCCCAUCAUCAGCAUAUCGAGAUGAUGAAUUACGCGCAAUCAGUCGUUACGCACGUUAUCGUCGUGUUCCAGGCGAUAUGUUGUUGUAUCACACUGGUGAAUGGUGUGAUUCUUGGUUUAUUUUGAUAAGCGGAUCAGUAUUAAUUGAAAGUUCCAUGUUCUUGCCUCGAUCAUAUUUUGGAACUCGUACAAAUGGAAAUUUUUAUCGCCGUAAUGACUGUCUUGUCCUCGAACCAUCUGAUCUUGUUGUGAUCGAUUAUUUGGACAAUCAUAGUUUACCCAUAUCAUUUACUAAUACGCAACAUCUGGCAGUGGCUCCGUCCAAGCAUAGGCAUUCGUUAGAUCAUGCACCGGUCUCAUUCAAUGAUAAUGAUACUUCACGUGAAAUUUUAUCAAAUGAUCGUUAUUCGGAAUCGUCUCAUAGUAUCAGCUCGUCAUUAAAAAUCUCAUCUUUGCUGAAUUCUGACCAAAGCAAGAUCCAUAGACGACCUACCAGGAGUACACAGGCUGAUGCUGUUAAUUCAUUGAAAUCAUUAUAUUUAAGUGAAACAUCAUCUACACAUUCUUUUAGUUCUGGAGGUGUUCAAAAUGAUUCAAGUCAUGGACGUUCAACUCAUUCGUGCGUUUUAAAAUCUCCAGAAAAACGCAACAAAAAGAUAGGUUAUAACUAUCCUAAAUGGUAUAAGACUGGGUCAGACAAUAUCCAUUGUAUGGAUUCUGAAGGUGAUGAUGAUGAUGAUGAUGAUGAUAAUGAUGACGAUGAUGAUGAGGAGGAUGAAGAUGAAGAGCUUGAGUCAAGUAGUCAUGAGUCUAUUCGUGAUGCAUUUUGGGAAUCUAUUCUUAAACUCCCAUCAGAUCGUACACAAGAAGAUGUCGAUUUAUUGUUGGGAAAUGUUGAACAAUUGCCUGCUUUCUCUAAUCUAACUAAAGCUACAUGUCGUUCCCUAUGCUCAGUCAUGGUGCUAGCCAUUGUUCGUGAAGCUGGUCAAAUCGUAUUGAAUGAUAAUGAAGUAUUGGACACUUGGUCUGUUGUGCUGAAUGGGACUGUCGAGGUUAUUGAACCAGACGAUACAAUUCGGGAAUUAACUCGUGGUGAUGCAUUCGGUGUUCGUCUUGGUAAAACAGAUUGUAUUCAUCAUGGCGUAAUGCGUACAGUCACUGAAGACUGUCACUUUUUAUGUGUACCACAAACCGAUUAUGUAAAUAUUAUGAGUCGUGAAGGCGAAGCUGAAAUACCAGAGAUGGGUGAAGGUGGACGUGUUGUCCUUGUCUAUGAAUCAAUAAAUUUAGACACAACUCUUAACAUCGAUUCGAAUAAAUCAUCCAAUGACAAUAGUUCUGUGUUGUUGAAAAAAUGUCGACUGGUCACAAAGGGCACACCGGAGAAAUUAAUUGAACAUUUAAUUGCUGAUCUGUCCGAUGGGGAUAUAUCGUAUCCAGAAGAUUUUCUACUUACAUAUCGUACAUUUUUAGAUUCACCCCGACCAAUAGUUGAUCGUUUAUUAUCAUGGCAUUUGCAUAAUCCAAAGUUACGUACACGUGUUAAUCGUAUAAUUUUAUUAUGGGUUCAUAAUCAUUUUAAUGAUUUUGAGGAUAAUCAUGAGAUGAUGAAGUGCAUUGAAAAAUUUGAUAAUAUGUUAUCAUCCGACGGCACGGCUGGUGAGCGUCGUCUAUUUCGUUUAGCCUGCAGCACCAAAGCUCGUCCACGUCAAGUCGAACUUAUAAUUCCGUUGAAAAAUUCAUGUCAUUCAAAUCCAGAUAAUAAAUCGUUUGGAGUUGAUGAUGGUACUGGGUUUUUGUCAUCAAAUGGACAACACUUGAACAAUAAUUGUAAUACAAUAAAUUCUCUCAUUGAUCUGCCAUUCACAAUGAUUGGUGGCGAGGAUGGUUUUGGAGUCUUUAUACAUCAAGUAUAUAGUUUAGUCUCAAACAAUAAUUCUGAAGCAAGCUGUGAUAAGCACACAAACCAAAAAUAUCUCACUGAUUCAUCUUCAUUAUCGUUAUCAUCACCAUGCGAUUCAAGCUAUCCACCAUCAUCAACAUGUGUACUUCCUAAUUUUUCAUUUGUACAUAAUCAAAUACGUCGGGCUGACCAAUUAUUAUCAGUGAAUGGUCGUUCAGUAGAACAUUUAAAACCAUCCGAUGUCAUACAAUUAAUUAAUUCAAUGAUAAACCCAUGUUGUCCAGUGGAUAUUAAAACCAGAUCAAAUACCAAACUUGUAUCUGGUACCAAUGGAUCAUUGUCUCCUUCGACUACACAUUGUUCAACCGGUAUAGACAAUGAUACUAUGCUAGAUCAUUCCAAAUCAUCUACAUUAUCGUCAGUCUUCAGUGUUACUUUCAACCUCCGUUUGUUAGUUAUUUUUAAUCCAGUUCAGUAUUAUCAAGCUAUUAACUCUUUAAAUACGACGCAUACUGCUCAAACUUCGAUGAGGCCAAUCAGUGAAACAAUAAAUGCUUAUCAAAUUGUUGACGAUGUGAAAAACCACGUGAACAAAUCUACACCAUCAUCAAACAUCACAUUGAAUAAUCACAAUGGUAAUAAUGAAAUUUGUCGACUAAAAAUGCAUAGUUUACCAACUAGUAUAAGCAUACCUGAUGAUCUUCUUAAGAAAUCAAAUUAUCCUCAACAACAACAGUCUUCUUCAACUGUAACACUACCGAAAAUGCCAACACCAUGCUCCUUUUCUACGGUCAGUACUCUCUCUACUUAUCCGGGUAACAAUUCAAUUGGAAGACGUGGUCGAAACUUUCAACCUUCACAUGUUACAUCGGGUCGUUCUUCUCACAGUGCAGAUACAUCACCGACUCGAUUAUCACAUCCUCAUGAAGAUAGUGAAGUGUUUUAUAAGACAUCAAUAACUGACAGUAGUAAACAGUCAUCCAUUUCCCAGUCACGUUGGUUACAUUCACUUAAAAAUCCUACCACCACCGAUAAUCAAAAUAACAAUAGUAAUGAUUUAUGUCGACCGUACGAACAACAUCCAUCCAAUAACACAUUCAGCAGUAGUGCAAAAACAGCCGAUCAUAAUUACUUCCUACGAACACCACCACUGCAAAGAUCGUCAUCACAGCCGGAUUUAAUAAUGCUGGACAAAUCAUUAAUAUCUGGUAGUAAUGUUGCUGCUACAGUCAGUGACUAUAUUACCGUUCUUCACCAAAAUCAGCAUAAUUUAACUGAUAGUGUCAAAUAUUCAGGCUUAAAUUCUGGUAGUAAUAAUAUUACUCACACGGACCAUUUGUCAGUGAUACGUGUAUGGCGAUCAAGUGAUAAUGGAAAAGAUCAUUCUAGUAAGCUGAUUAUAUUACCAAGUAGACACACUAAUGCAUACGAAGCGACACGUUUAUGCAUGGAGGAAUUCAGUAUACCGGUAGAGGACCAACAUUCUUAUUGCUUAUAUCAUGUGACUGUUGAAUCUGGGCCAAUUGUGAAACAAAGUCGCUUGUCUAAUCUACUGGAUGAUUUAUCUGGACGUUUAACUUUGAAUUCAAGAUAUUACUUAAAAAGUUUGCAUAAUCAUGAUCCCCUUAUUGCGGAUGAUGUUGCAAAAUCAAUUCUAGCUGAAAGUCGUGUUACGUUUACACAGCUCCCACCAAAUGAAUUAGCUGCUCGGUUAACUAUUGAUGAUUAUGAAAUAUUUCGAUCUGUUCAAUCCACUGAAUAUAUUGAUGAGAUAUUUGGACUCAGUAAUGCAUAUGUUAAUAAUAUCUCUUCAUGUGUUAUCGGCAGUAAUAGUAACAGUAGUAAUACUGGAUAUGCAACAGGUCAUGAAAAUUUGGAUCGAUUCACCGAUCUUGUCAACCGUGAAGCGUAUUGGGCUCCCACUGAAAUUUGCAAUGAAACUAACUUGAAUCGACGUGUUGAUUUGUUGAAACGUUUUAUCAAGCUUGCCAAAUUAUGCCGUGAACUGCGUAAUUUUAACACAAUGUUCUGUCUACUGGUUGGAUUACAUCAAACACCUGUCGAACGAUUAAAACAAACUUGGGAUCGCUUACCAAAUAAAUACCAAAAAAUCUAUCGAGAUUUAAGUAUGGUAUUGGAUACAUCUAGAAAUUUUCAUCAUUAUCGUACUCUCCUAUCAGCUAAUAAUGUAUCGGCUCCAAUAUUACCCUAUCUACCAUUGGUAUUGAAAGAUUUAACUUUUAUCCAUUUGGGUAAUCCUUCUUGUACUCCAGAUGGAUUGAUAAAUUUUGUCAAAUUACGAAUGCUUGCUAAAGAGGUUCGUGCCAUUUGUCGGAUGUGUAAUGUUGAUUAUGAUUUAUGCACUACUCCAUAUCGCGGUCGUACUGCUGGCGGUGUCGAACGUGUACGUGCUGGUGCCAAUUUAAGUGCGCUUAAAGCAGUCGCUUCUGUUUCAUCUAUCUAUCCAAAAUCGUACUUUUCAAAUCUUACAUCGAUGAAUAACUCCAGUCAAACAAACCAUAAUAAUAAUAAUAAUAAUAAUAAUGCUAGGACAGAUUCUAAUUGGCCAGAACACGAUAUGGUUGAAGUAAAAUUCAGUCAUUCAAAUUCUCUUGACGAUAGUGAACAACAACAACAGCGUGAAAGCACACUUAACUUUGAUGCGAAUCCUAUGAAUUCGACUAAUGUUUCGAGUGGUUUAAACGUUGGACACAAGCGUCUACAUCAACAUGGGAAUCCUACAACUCCUUCCAGUGGAAGUUUCAAUGUGGAAUUGUCUACAGCUAACUCUUUCAUUGUCCCCGGUGGUGGUAUUCGACGGCGAUCAAAUCUUGGUCUAAUUUCUUCAUCAAUUAAUCCAAAAAAGAUUUAUGAAAGUUGGCUGAUGACUUUACGGAUUCGUACGUAUUUCGCUAAUUUAAGAGUUGUCCAAGAUCCGGAAUUAUUGUCUCAAUUAUCCUCGCGCAUUGAACCUAGUGGUAAAGAUUCAAGAACUGUCCAACCCGCUCUUGUAUCUUCAGUAGGCAAUGCUGGUACUACUACUACUACUAAUAAUAAUAAUAAUAUUAAUAGUUCUACUAAUGAAGGGAAUGAUCCACAGAAGUUAUAUACAUCCAAUCUCCCAUCCUCCAACAAUAAUACAAAAUUAAAAGGCAUAAAACUGUCUCCCACAAAAACUUCUGCACAGUCUGUUAUAGUCGAAUCGAAUACAAACAAAAAGUCUCCACUUAAAGUUAUCAACGUAUCGACAGAAUCUCCAUAUGUACCAUCAGCAACAGUAGCAGCACCAAUCACAUCUCAUCCAGCGUCUACGGAUCCAAAAAAUAUGUUUACCCGACCAUUACUAGGCGCACAAUCUGUUGAAGAUGCUCGCAAACUAUUAUCCCUAAGUGUAGGUAGUAAAUGUUCUUCCCAGAGACGUUUACCAGUAUUCACUUUCCCGAAUCACUUUCAUUACAAUAGUACUCAUAAUGUCGCUCAGUCUUUGUUCAUUACAUCACCAGUUCGACCAUAUGCUGGUAUUGGAUUUGGACACCUGAAAUCGCAACAUUAUAACAACUCUAAUGUAUCAUCGUCUUUAGGAUCAUCUUAUCAAGUAAAUAAUAAUACUAUCAUACAAAUGUCAAAUAACAGCACACCGAAAUCAUCAUCUACCUCUAAUGCUACUAUUUCCACAUGUUCUAAUCAUUUACAUCAUCAUCAUCAUCAUUAUAGUAAUACUCAGCUUAUAUAUCCACAACCGACUCGAUGUUAUUCCACUUCUACCGAUACAACAGGCAGUAAAAGUCUCCUGUUGGAUAAUCUUAUCCCAAUACCAUCUCGUAUAGCUACUAAUAUGAACGAUAGUGGGAAUAGUAAUUCUACAUCGAAUCAAAUGUAUGCUAUGCUACCAAAUCAAAGAGAUCCUUGUCAUUUGCAUCAGCAGCAGCAUUCUUUAACUCAUCACCAACAGGCAUCAGCAUCUCCACCUCAUAACCGAGGCCAAGCAACUAUGAAACAUCAAUAUUUUAGUCAGGCAACAAAUCAAAAUACAAAUUAUCAAUACCAACAGCAACAACCAAACCCUCAGGCUCCGUCGAAUUCCAUUGCAUCUCGUCUAACACUGAAUUCUAAUACUGCUACAGUGCUAUAUCCAUCUUGUCCCGGUAUUUCACUACAGCAACAGAUAACUUGCCCACAUCGGUCUACUAAUUUACCUGGUGGAGGUGCCUAUCCCUCAAAUCAGCAACAACAACAGGCAACAGUACAAUCAGGUCGUUUUAGAGAACAAUCAUCAUUGCAACAGCAUCAGCAUUCAGUUUCAUUCAAUUUCGAUGAGAACUAUUUAUAUCCUACUGCAAAUACACUUCCACUUGGUGGUUCAAUUCUGUCUAUACCUCGUAAUUAUCGACAGUCUAUUAUACAAAGAAUAAUUCCACAAUACUUAAAUUGCAAGCCAACUCGGCCACCACCAUAUGAAAUAGCUUUGGCUUUAAAAUAUCCUCAAAAUGCCAAUUCACAACGAGUAUAUCAAUCACUGAAAAAUGACACGAUUAAUACACGACAUGAAAAUAAUAACAAUAGUAUUAAUAAUAAUAAUAAUAAUUACCACAUAGCAAGUAAUUUAUCAUCUGGCAUUAAACAUGGAACAGUUGGUCAUGUUCCAUUGGCACAAACUUACACACAAAUCCAAAAUUCAAAGUCAGAUAAACAAUUGUUUACUGUUAAGCAGUUACCGGAUAAAAAUCCACAAAAUCCUAUAAAUUAUGCCUCAUCUACAACAACAUCGACAACAACAACUUCAACGAUUGUGUCUUCACGUUCAGAAUUCAGUAACAACAGUAAUAAUAGUAAUAAUAAUCUGCAAUAUAGACCAUCUGAACGGAAUAAAUCCUCUACAGUGUGUCAGUCAUUCCAGCAACGUAUACAAGAACGACCUUCUCCGCCAUCUUAUCAGCAGGUUUUAUCCAUGUCACGACAAGGAAAUAAUCAAGGGUCAUUGAAAAUUAUCUCUGCUCAAUCUCAUCCACGUACAAAUAUUUACUCAUCACAUGGACGCCCACAACCUCCACAACGAACAAUGGUUACAUUAUCUUCUAAUUGUAAUCAUAACAACUAUCGAGCCUCUUCAUGUAGUCCUGGUAUGACUAUAGUUCGUCCAGUCGUAAAUGAUCUCAAUACUGUUGAACCACAUCGCAAACAUAUUGGCAGAUCGACCUAGAAGGCAACCUUUCGUUAGUUGUUUGUUGUAAACAAUAUAUAUAUAUAUAUAUAUAUAU